AUGGCCAAAGAGUGCGUGUUUCUGUUAGUCAUAUUGUUUCAACUGAUCGACGCUGGUACCGGAAGUCAGGACGUUCACGGCACCGUCCUGUACAAGCUCACCGACGUCGACCGGAAGACGUGGACGGACGCCGAUCGUGUAGAACUCCAAUGCCGGAAGUUGGUCGGGUCCCUGAUUCCCGGUGCGAAUUUCAGCAACGGCGACGGCGACGGCGAAAGGUUCCUGGAGUACUUCAGCCUAAUCAAAGGCCAAGCGAAGAAAAUCGUGUCGUCGGUGGCCAGAAAAAGGGCUAUGAUCGCCAUCGUGGACGCCCUGGGGGGGUACCUACACACCAAACUUUUGCCAAAUGUCAGAGAGCAGUACUACGCUGGUCGGGCCACAUACUCGACGGUCAAACGGUUACACGACCUUGAAAAAAACAUCAAGUACGUUUUGAAAACGGACGGCCGAGGUUGGGCGAAACCGAUAGCGAGCGAUCAGCGGUCCGGCGUGGACGUGUCGUCGGCAAUGCGGCGGACAGCCGAACGGACGCCACGGCCGACGAUUAGACUCAGUGACGGCGAUGACGGGUCGGCGGGACGUUGCGGUGGCGUGGACGUGAGCCCGUACGGUUUGCUGCGGCCGUCGCCUCCGACGAAAACGGCGGCCGGCGCCGCGGACGUCGAAGACGUGUACGCUGACCGCGUACCAUUCUUCGACAACGACACACGGCCACAUUCGCUGGUAGUGCCGUGGCGCCAGGGACGGGCGGUCCUGUACGGAGUCCGGGAUGCCGGUUGCCAUCAAGCGCUGUUCGGACACCUAGCGACGGCCACUGCGGCCGACAUGCGUCCCCGCAGGGCCAACCUGCGCCAGUGGCUGGACCAGGCUGUUCUGCCGCUCGUAACGACUCGGGCCACAGACCGCUGGUAUCCGGCCCUGUGGGGCGUCACGCUCGUGGCCAGGCGUUUAGAAGAGGCGGACGUCAGCGGUCUGGGCGGUGGUCUUGUUGGGGGUCAGGACGGCGGUCGGAGCCACGAUCGCGGCCACCACCAGUUGGACUGCGACUGGACGACCGAGGAGGGGCCUGGCCACAAUUUUUAUGCGGCCAUCGUGCUAGCGAGCGCGUACGUCUGCUGGUUGUUGGCCCUGUACAUACGCUAG